GGAAACGCCACUGUUGCUCGUCUUACCAACGAUUCAGAGCUGAGCAAAGUCAAGUCCGCUGCAAAGGCCUUAAACUAUGCAUAUGACAGGCUCCCUGAAGAGAGGCGUGAAACCUUAUUAAACUGUGUUAAGAAUUACUUCAAUGUUCAGAUUGUUACCCCAGAAAUGAUCUCCCAAGCUGUGGUCAUGGAAACAGCAAAGGAAAAUCCCAAUUUUGUGUCUCAUGGACAUGAAGUGGUGAGAAAGAUUCGCGAGGAAGGAAAAUUGCUCGAGUUUGAGAAAAUGUGGCGGAAACACUUUAUUGAUACCAUGCGCCCGAAGUACCUUCCGCCUUUGUGGUCAGUAGACCAUCGUCACGAAACAUUAAAGGAAAAACUUGAGAACAAAGUGGACAGCUGA